GUCUUCGUAAUCGGAGGCAGAACUCCAUACCUGACAAGCCGGAUACAAAGAACUUUAAAGGCUUUGUUGCUCUGAACUAUGAAUACUCACCUGGAGAAGUUCAAACACUGAUCUGAAACUGGCAACAAAGGCUGUUAUUAACACGGUGCAGUGUUUGGUGUGAAACAGUACAACACAGAUUGUGAACUAGGCAUUAGCCAAAGCCACAGAGACUCUCAUUUCAGCUUGAACCUUUCGAGGAAUAUGUUAAAUAUGAAAUUCGGAAUAUGGAUAUUUCUGGUAUUUUUUGUUGCUGUCCGGUGCCAGAGAGAUCGUACCCGCGAGGUCGGUACCUAUGGUUCUGAUGUCGUCGAGGGAGUCGUCAGCGCACUGAGGGACGCGUGCAUUUUCCCUGAUGACAUGCUGUUUCUCAGGCGUCUUGCGUACGUCGAGUCCAAAGACGGCACCAGCAACGAAACAUACCGAAAGGGGUACGACGGGGGGAUAUGGCAGGUUGACGAAACAAUGUUCAAUGAAACUAAAACCAAGAUGGGGAAGUCUUUCUAUGCAACGGUUACUCAAAAGCUUGGCAUUGACUGGUCAAACGUGACCUGGUCUGACCUCCGCAAACCGCUUUAUUCCGGCCUUGCAGCUGCCAUGUACAUCCUGAGCAAGGGUGCACCCUGGCUGAUCCCCGCUGCCAUCGAUCAACAAGAACAGUACUGGAAAACACACUACAAAGUGAACGGACCCAACGGAACAUUCGUCCCCCUUUCUAAAGAACUGGAAUCUGGUUGCCAUGUGGACGAGCAAGUGGAUCUCCUCUUCGUGAUCGACACGACCCCAAACACCGUCUUUGACUCGGGCCACAUCACCACGUUCAUAAAGAAUUACAUCCAGUCUCUUCACAUUGACCAUGACCAUGCUCAGAUUGCUGUUGAGAGCUACGGCACUGACCCCAAAGUGGACAUCCCGUUAGGAUCCUAUUCGACUAAGCAGAGCCUAUUGAACGCCAUUGAUGCCUUGACCUUUACCCCAGGGACGUCUGAUCUUGCCAAGGCCUUGGAGGUGGCGUCGGGGGUUUUCAUGCCAAACAAAGGGGGUCGGAACAACGUUGCAAAGAUAAUCAUCCUGUUUUCUAGUACUCCGAUGCGCUUGACCAAUACGGGUGUCUUGGAAUCGAUCGCGCUGAAGAACCAGGGCGUGACAAUAUUCACUGUGGGGACUGGGCUGAACAGUAAAGCGCUGAGUCAGGUUGCCAGUGCGCCCUCCUGUGAUCACACCUACACCGUGGCGGAUUAUAGACGACUUGAGGCACUGCAUCCAUAUGUCGCACGUACUUCGUGUAGAGUAGCUGUUGGAUUACAACCAGGCGACUACAAGUACCCCUGUGGCUCGAAUGUGUUAGUUCGAGUACAAAGCAGUUCGGUUGGAGCCACCGUCAAGGUACACGUGACAAACGGAACGGCAGAGGUCUAUGGCAGCUACGUCAGCACACAACCAAGCAAAGAUGUGAACGAAAUCAACCACACGGUCACACCUGCACAGCCCACCUCCAUCUUCAUCCGGGAUCAGAGACCUUUGACCCUGGCAGUCAACACGGAACACCGCCAUCUUGUGUCAUGUUCUGGGGAUAUCGAGAUCACUGUGGAGCCCUCUGUUUCUAAGAGAACAGAAUGUCAGGCCAAGAAUCCUGAUAUUAUUCUCCUCCUGGAUUCCUCAAAGAACAAAUCAGAAAGUGACUUCAACAACAUGAAAGACUUCGCCUCAAGAUUCGCCAGUCAGUUCAAGAUCGGCUCAGCUGCAGCUCAGAUAGGCUUAGUGACGUACGCAGACAGAGCCUCCAACAGAUUCUGGCUGAACACCUUCACUACACAGGAGUCCCUCCAGCAUGCCAUCCGUAUCCAGGCCCUCUACGGAAACAAGUCCGAUCUAGCAGCGGCUCUGAAGUAUAUCAGGGAAGAAGCGUUGCAGCCAAUCAAUGGGAAAAGACAAGGUUCCAGUAAGGUACUUGUGAUCGUGACUGGAAGUCCGGCACAAGAUCCUGUGGAACUCCUGAGGCAGGCUCGGUUAAUCCAAGACGAAGGAGUGAGGGUCGUUGUGGUUGCGGUCGGGGAUGCGGCCAAAGAUCCUGUGAUUCAAGCGAUAGCGUCUGGUCUUGUGCAUCUCCUGAACGUGUCGGGGUACAGCAACUUGCCCGGGGCUGCGGGCAAGGCGGUGGUGGAGAGCUGUGGAGAUGUUCAACUCGUCUGUAUGGAAAACGGACUACAGAGGACCUGCCGUAUUGAGGAUUUGCUGUCGAGUCAGUUUGCGUCCUUAAUUGUCCCAGAACAUGGCGCUGUUCCCAACAGCCCCUGCAGUAUUCACCUACCAGUCCCCCUUCCCAUACAGAGGUUCCCUCAUCCUACCGACAAGGACAAGUUCAUCCUCUGUGACAACCACGGACAGAGCUACCUUGUUCUGUGUCCUCCGGGUGAAGUCUUCAAUGCUUUUACAACAGAGUGUGAACGGCCAACAUCUCCACGACCAAGCACCUCACCCAUCAUUCAACCCGUAACGCAUGCACCGUUCACGACGCCAGCAGCAUUACCGUCAAAGCCAGCCCCAACGGGAACAGCGUUGCCCUCUUCCUCCAACCCUUGCUCCGGGGAGACCAUUUCUCAAGGUCUGUUCUUCCACCCGUACGUCCCCGACCCCCACAAAUACAUCCAUUGCACCGGAAUGCCUGACGCUUCAAAACUGGAAUCAUGUCCAGCGAAGAAGAUAUGGCGACAAGCGACCACGCAGUGUGAAAACGAGUACAUCACUGACGAGGUGGGUCAAGCCGUCACGUCCCUGCCUAACCCUUGCAUGUUUGGCACCCCAGGGUUCUUCCCCCACCCGUUCGACAAGAACGCCUACAUCCAGUGUGAUGCCUGGGGGGAAGGCUUCCUCAAGAGGUGUCAGUCUGGCCUACAGUUUGCUCCAGGGCAAGACACGUGUGUGCGACCGCCGAGUACCUAUCUGCUGACGUCCACAGGCAGCUCAUUCCACAGAUAUUUCAACAUCUCGUUCCGGAGAUUUGUCCCUCUCGUUCAUCAGCCAAUGAUUGCAGUUGGAAAUGGAACAUGGCGGACAGCCGGCAAUGGGAUGAAACACAAGCCUUUUGCUGAUGAUGCCCAGCUCAUUGAUAGUUUUCGCCCAAGCAACAUAAGUCAAGCUUUGGAUCGCACAGCAGCAUGUACAUCGGAUAUUAAGGCUUGGAUGACUGGUAGGAAACUCAAACUUAAUGACGACAAGACCGAGGCUAUACUGAUAGGGUCUAAGCGUCAACUUCAGUCAGUGGAUGAGGCUUAUGUUAGUAUUGGACAAGCUGAAAUCUGCUUCUCGGACGAACUGAAGAGUCUUGGUGUCUAUUUAGACUCACAGCUCACCAUGGAGAAGCAGACAAGGUUACUGAAUCAGCUUAAAGGAAAGAUGGUUCGGUUAUUCAUCUCAAUCCUGCUACUGGGUUUGAUACAAGCCCUGACCCUGGAUCAGACUCUAGUUCCUGGGUCCUAUGGACCGGAGGUGGUCCAAGCUGUGGUGAACAGGGUCCGAGAGUCGUGUCUGUUCCCCGACGACAAGCUGUUCCUCAGACGCCUGGCCUUCGUAGCAUCAGAAGAUGGAAAAGACGCUAAGACCUACAGACCUGGGUAUGAUGGAGGAAUUUGGCAGAUCGACCAGGACAAGUUCAACAUGAUCAAGAACUCUGGCACCCUGUUCGCGGACGUCAACACCCAGUUUGCCAUCGACUGGAAUACAGUUCUGUGGUCAGAUCUCAGGAAGCCUCUGUACUCCGGCCUAGCUACUGCUCUCUAUCUGACCACCAUUACCGAACCCCUCCCACAGGGUGUGGAGAAGCAAGGCUCUUUCUAUGGGACAUACUUCUUUGUUGAUCCCCAUGCUGCAAACCUGUUUUACAAAGGCUCAAAAAGCUUUGAUAUUGUCUGUGCAAGAACCAACCUCGACCUUGCUUUCUUGGUGGACGCCUCGUCUAGUCAGUCUCCGGAGGAUUUCGAAAGUGCCAAAAAGUUCGCGCAUGAAGUGGUCGACAACUUUGUAAUCGGUACAGAUGAUGUUCGUGUCGCUUUCGUGACAUUCAGCACCGGCUUCAAAUCCCAGUUUGCCUUCAACCAAUACAACGACAAAGCUGCUCUCCAGAAAGCCAUUGAUGGCAUCGUUAUGAUCAAUGGGGAAACAGAUACCGAUGAAGCUCUGAACUAUGCUUCUGAACACCUCUUCACACCAGCCAUGGGUGCCAGAGACGGGUCGUCCAAAGUAAUAAUCCUGCUCACGGAUGGCCAGUCGAGUAACCCAACAAAAACCCUUUCUGCAGCUUUGGGUGCACGGAACAAAGGAAUCACUAUUUUCGCCAUUGGUGUUGGCGACGGCAUCGACAGCACAGAGCUGAGGAAUGUCGCCAACAAGCCCUACUGUACCCAUGUGAUAGAACUUAAGGGCUACUCAGACCUUGGUGCUCUCGUUACCCAAAUUCAACAGGUGUCCUGUUUAGCACCAGCUGUUCUGAAUCCGGGCACGUAUAAGUAUCCCUGCUCCAGCGGCGGCCUGUACCAGGUCUUUACCAACGAGUCCCUCGUGCAAGUAAUGAUUGAUGUUACUGAUGGUAUGGUGGAUAUCUAUGGAUCGCUGAAUAAUCCAACACCUAACAAAGCCGGUAGUGAUUUUUCCACUAAUUCAGUGAUAGGUGCAGCAUCCGUGGUUCUCAUCGACCAGGAAGCCAAGCCCCUGUACCUCAACAUCACACCUACUGGGCCACCUACUGGCUGCACCGGCAACUACACCAUCAAGAUCGGCAACGUUGAGAGAGUCAAUCCAAAUGUUAACGUUACAUGCGUCGAACGUGAUGUCGUCACAGCCUGCUCUAUCGCAAACAUAUACGAGCAUCUCUACCAUUAUCAACAUGCCCCUUACAGCUUCAUAAAUCCCUGUGCAUUUGGACGACCUAGCUACAUGAUCCACCCAUUUGACCAAACCAAGUUCCUCAUCUGUGGUCCAACCGGAAUCGUCUAUGUGUUCCAAUGCGACCCCCAUUACGUAUACGACCCAAGCACCAUGGACUGCAUCCCCGGAGAACCGAGCACCCAGAUCCCCACGACGACGCCAACAACAACCAUCCCCACCGUCACCCCCAGGCCCACUUCCGGUGUGACAGACGCUCCAGGCCUCAGCCCUUGCAGCGCAGCUACGAAGGGUCAGUUCUUCCCCUACCCUCCCAACCCCGCUAAAUACAUAGACUGUUCCAACUGGCCUCAUUACGGAUACAUCAAGGACUGUGACAAGGGUACGUACUGGGACCAGAAGGACCUCACCUGUACUUACAAAGAUGUCGUGAUUGAUCCUACCACCAACACGUUCGACAAGAAUGUUCCUAACCCCUGCCACAACCCCAUGAAGCAAGGAGAUCUGUUCUACUACCCCCACCCUACAAACAAGCAUAUGUUCAUCCACUGUGAUCAAUAUGGCGACGCCUUUGAGAAGCACUGUCAAAACACGCAGAUAUGGCGCCAGGACUUACUUCAGUGCGUGCCAGAAGGGCUCAUUGUUGGCUAGCUUCUCUCUUCACUUUUAAACCAUGAAUAAAAAUAUUUGUCUUCAGAAACGUAUUUCGUAAUGCCCACGUGAAUUUUCUUUCAUUCUUUUCGCAGUUCGCAGAAUUACGAACAUUUAUUAAAAUUUACACAAGGGAAGACAACUCUUCUGUUAGAAUCCGGGCAAUAUUGGGAUUAUAUUUUAUCCGGACGAUUUCCUGGAAAAACACAAUAAAAAUAUCUCAGGCCCAGAAAAACAGACAUCGUCCACACAGCAUGUGUCGAAUGAGCCUCACACUGAUGCAUUUGAAAGGUUCUGCGCCUUUGUGCUCUCUGAAAGUAGUUCUGAAUUCAGGAAUGAAAGAAACUAGCUGGCGUAAGAUUCUUUGACUGUUCAUAGUUUUAACCCAUGUCAACUUUGGUUCACUUUCUUGUUGACCAGAUACAAGUUUGUGUAUGUCAUUUAACAUGUGAUGAAGAUGUGUAAACCUGACCAUGUAAUAAACUCUUUCCUUUGAA